GUUGCAUCGCGGUGGACCAAAAUUCGCGAGUCGUACUGCCAAACACAUCCAAGCGUUGGAAUUGAUCGUAUCCUUCACCAAUCCCUCUUCCCUCUAUCUUCCUUCUUGUCUCUCCUCCACACCCCUCCUACUCACUCCCCUCUAAUGGCGCCCACAUCUCAGGGUUCCGCCGUCUCCGAUAACAAGAACAAUGCUGCGUGCAUGCCGAAUAAGCCGGCGCCGACGGCAAAUGGAGCGACGGUGAAGUGCAAUCCCUGUUUGUCGGAGAACAAGACGUCCAUCAGGGGAGUGGUGGCGCAGCUGCUGGCGAUGGUUAAUCCGGAGAAGCCGCUGAUAUCCCUCGGCGUCGGGGACGCCUCCUCGUUCCCGUGCUUCCGGAAGGGGAAGGACUUUUCAGACUCCCUCCUCGCCGCUGUUUCCUCCUCCAUGUUCGACUGCUAUCCCCCCUCCUACGGCUUCCCCUUUGCCCGCAGGGCGGUGGCGGAAUUCCUGUCGAAGGGAGUGAAGCAUGGCAUCCGGGAGGACAGCGUGUACCUGACGGUGGGAGGGACGCAGGCCAUCCAGGUCUGCUUGACGGUGCUGGCGAGCCCCGGCAGCAACCUGCUCCUCCCUCGGCCGGGCUUCCCCCCUUACGAGACCGCCUGCGAGCUCGCCGGCGUCGAGGCCCGGUACUACGACCUGGCGCCCCGGCGUGGCUGGGAGAUGGACCUGUCCCAACUCCGCUCCCUGGCCGACGCCAACACCGCCGGGCUGGUCAUCAUCAACCCCAACAACCCCUGCGGCGCCGUCUACUCCUCCACCCAUCUCCAACAGAUCGCCGAGACCGCCAGAGACCUAAACAUCCCUAUCAUCGCCGACGAGAUCUACGGGCACAUGGUCUUCGGUGGAAGCAGAUUCAUCCCGAUGGCCUCCUUCGCUCACCUGACUCCCGUCAUCACCAUCGGAGCCUUGUCGAAGCGUUGGAUGCUCCCCGGUUGGCGUCUCGGAUGGCUCGCCAUUUGUGACCCUCAUGGGCUUAUAAAGCAGGUGAAGGUGGCGGCGGAGAUGCUCAUGAACGUUACUUCGGGACCUGCAUCUGUGAUUCAGGCAGCAGUUCCUGGAAUUCUCUCUGAUUCCCAUGAAGAGUUCCACAGGAAUGUCCUCACGGUGCUGGAAUCCUCACUGGAUGCCCUUUAUGCCAGGAUUGGUCAGAUCGAAGUCCUCCAGUGCCACUCUCGACCUCAGGGUUCAAUGUUCAUGAUGGUUGGUUCUUGUUCAUCUCCUGCUUCUGCCUGUGCAAUGAACAGGUCCAACCAUGACUGUUCCAUUUGGUUGCAGGUGGAGAUCAACACAACACUCGUGUUUGGCAUUGAGAACGAUAUGGAUUUUGCAAAGGAGCUGAUCAGAGAAGAAUCUGUGCUCGUGCUGCCAGGCUCUGUCAUUGGAUUGAAGAACUGGAUCAGGAUCUUCUUUGGAAUUCCUGCAGAUGUACUGAGGGAGGCUUGUGACAGGAUCGAGUCUUUCUGCAAGAGGAGACAGAUUAAGAGCUCAAGCAUUCUGUGACCACAUGCUACCAAAAUAACAUCCACAUGAUAUGUAUCCAUGUAUAUGUAUCCAUGUAUAUACACAUAUAUAGGGUUGAUAGAUGCACUGUAAUAGUAUCAAGCACCAGAAAACCCCACUGCAGUAGCAAUUUAAAUGUAAUAACAUUUGUAUGUAAAUUUUGGAACAGGUGAUAAUAAUGACACUUGCCAUAGUAAAA